CCGCGUGUGUAAACAGGGAAGGAAGUACGUCGCCAGUAACCCCGGAACAAACCGACGCAAAAGUUUUCGAAACUAAAGCGAUUAAAUCGAUAACUACAUUAAAAAUAACUUUGUCGCGUCGAAAGUUAGAGAAUGGGGACCACAGCGAGUCAACUAGGAAAGGAUUUACUCUCUGAAUAUCAAGAGCUGACAUUCUUAACAAAGCAAGAAAUUCUUCUUGCUCACAAGAGAUUCACUGAACUGCUGUCCAAGGAGGAUAAAGCCCUUCCGAACCCCAGGAUACCAAUGCAGAGUAUUCUUACUCUGCCAGAGCUGAAGUCCAACCCUUUCAGAAAAAGAAUCUGUCAUGUAUUUUCAACAUCUGACAUGAAGGAUGGAAGUCUGACCUUUGAGGACUUUCUGGAUCUUCUAAGUGCCUUCAGCGACUCUGCCACUCUGGAAAUCAAGUCCCACUAUGCCUUCCGUAUCUUUGAUUUUGAUGAUGAUGGCACCCUGGAUGUCGGCGACCUGGAGAAGCUGGUUAACUGCCUGACUGGUGAGACAGACGACACAAGACUAACCCCAGACGAAAUGAGACAGCUCAUUAACAAUAUUCUUGAAGAGUCAGACAUUGACAAGGAUGGGACAGUGAACCUCUCAGAGUUUCAGCAUGUCAUUUCAAGAUCACCAGAUUUUGUCAGUUCUUUCAAGAUUGUGCUGUGAAGACCUCUCUCAGGCUAUGGAAACUGAUGUGCCUCCUUUGAUUCCCGUAUUAUGGUUGCUCUUUUUCAACUGAUUUCAAAAAUAAUUUUAUACGUCUUAAUUUAUAUUUACUUACACACUUUAUGGUUUAACUAUUUUAUGCAGCGUUUGUGAAAUAUAAGUCUCUUCCUACUUUUAACAAUGUCUUUGUCAAGGAAAAAUAAAAAAAAAUGAUGUUGCCAUAAA